AAUCACCUACAGAGCCCGAUGAUCCUGUGGCAAGCCAACUGAGUCUUAUCUCAAGGGAACAUCACCUUGGGGACCAACUUAGUUCUCUAACUUCUAUGGAUACCCUUGUGGAGUCAGACUUGAACUUACGGAUAGGAAAGGUUGAAGACAUUAUGACAAUUGAAAAUUGUGCUGCAGAUGAUGAAGAAAUUGCCAAACCAAUUCUUCCAAAGCUAACGUCUCCUGGUGGGGAAGAACCUUUUUCAGAGUUAUCAGUUGGGGAAUUUAUUCAAAGUAAUCGUGAAAAUAGACAGGCUGAUUUGUCUGAGGUUGAAACCUCCACUGAUGAAUUGGAUUUUGGUUCUGAGCAGAAAUCAAGGUGUGAUUACUUAUUUGAAGAAGUUGAGAGUGUGUCAGGUGUUUCAACUGUAAUGGUCUCCACUACAGAUCCCGCAGUAAUGGAUCCUGAACACCAGCUGAGUCCUUUCUCUAGUCAAUAUCACCUUUUAGAGCAACUUAGUUCUCCAGCUUCAAAGGAUACUCUCAAGGGCUCAGAGUCAAACUUAUGCUUCGCAAAGACUGAUGGCAUUUUGACAAACGAAAGCUCAGAUGCGAACAACGAAGAAUUUUCCAUAAAAGCAUAUGCACCUGUAUUGUCGGACUCUAACUCUCCUGGUGUGGUAGAACACUUUACAAAGUCACCAAUGGGGGUAUUUGAUCAGAGCAAUGAUGCAAAUAAACAUGCUGAUUUGUCUAAGGAUGAACCUGAGACUUCAGCACAAGAAGAGGAGUUUGAAUCUCUGGAAAACUGGACUCUUUGGGACGAUUAUGUUGAUAAAAUUGAACGUGUUCCUGAUGCUUUGAAUUCCACUUCUGAAAUGUCCUUUUCAGUUGUCUCAGUGGAGAAUACUACAGAGGAUGCUGGUCUUGCAUCCUUCAGCAGAUCCAAUGCAGAGGAAUCUCUUAGAAUCUCCGAAAGUUCACCUGAAAAGUUAACCCAGGAAGCAGUGUUUUGUCUUAACUAUAUUGAGGGGGUCGGUUUUGUUUCCAAUUUCUCUGAUGCUGCACAUGAAACCUCAGCACAUAGCUUGGAGUGUCAGCUAGACUCGACUGCUUGGGAUGACUUUGCUGAUGAAACUGAGUGUGAUUCUGCUGGUUCAAGUACAACUUCCAAGAUGGUGUGCUCAGUUGUAUCUGGGGAUACUUCUACACAAAAGAUUGGUGUGACAUCCUUUGACUUCUCCAAUGCUAAACCACUUGGGCUCUCUGAAGAUUCAUCUCAAGAGUUAUCCAGGGAAGCAAUGCCAUGUCAUAACUCUAUCGAGGCGGCUGGUUGUGUUUGUGAUAUGUCUGAGGUCAUACAUGGCACUUCAGCACAUGGUUUGAAGUUUGAAUUCCAGCUAAGCUCACCGGCUUGGGAUGACUGUGCUGAUGAUAAUCAAUGUGUUUCUGGUCCAUCAAUAGCUACUUCUGAAGUAGUCUGUUCAUUUGUCUCUGGAGAGAAUGCUGCAGGGGAAAUUGGAGUUCCGUCCUUCAGCGGUUCCAAUGCAAAUGAAUUUCCUAGGUUCACUGAAAAUCCACCUCAAAUAUUAUCUGAGGAAGCUACGUUUAGUCAUAGUUCUGGUGGGAAGGCUGGAUGUGUUUCUGAUAGCUCCGAUGGAUCCUCAUCGUCAGCUCCAGCCCUUACUGUGUCCACUAAGAAUAAGGACACAGAUGGUCUACUUUCUUCAUUCAGCAGUGUCCUAUCAGCUGAAGGCACUUCAAGAAGUACAGACACCAUGCCUCUCACAGUACAUUGUGGAAAACAGCAAGUCAAGAUCUGCGAGUCCAUUCAACAUGAGGCUGCAAUAACCUCUUCUGAUACUGGAUGUUUGGAUGAAUCAAGUUCUGAUAUUGCUUACUGUCACAUGGAAAGCAUUGACUUGCAUGAUAAGGUGCAGAUUCAGGAAAACUGUGUAAAUGUAGAGGAUAGUGUACUUCGUGCUAUUUCUCACAGAGCAAGAAAGCAAAGAUCAUACAAGAAACAAAUCCAGGAUGCUUUUACAUCAAAGAAGAGAUUGGUGAAGGAGUAUGAACAGCUAGCGAUUUGGUUUGGAGAUGUUGGUUUAGAUUCCAGCCAAGAAGCAAACUCUUACAAGGACAAUUCGGGAACUCAUCAGGCAGGUGACUCUGAAUGGGAGCUUCUCUAAGCAAUAUAAUCUGUGUAUGUAAUUAAAUGAAAUUGUGGAUUGGACGGGUUACAAGACUGCAGGCCUUUCAGAUAAAACAUGUCAGAAAAUGAUCGAGUGAUCAAGCCGACUAUAUUGUCAGAUGGGUUACUAUUGGUUCUAAGAGAAAUUUACAUGUGAUAAAGAGGGACAAAUGUUAAUACAAGUGAUAUUGGAUGUCUCACUCCUUUCUUGCAUUACUACCAAAAGACUCAACUGCUAACUUCAGGUUACAAAAAAUUUUGAUGGCCCUUUAACAAAUGUGCGUACAAAAUUUCAUUCCAUGUAUCUGGAACUCCAGGUAAGCACCAGUGAAUGCAAUCGGCAAAGUUUUUCGGAUCAGAUCUUUGUUCCUUCGUCAGGAGCUUGCCCUUGCGUUCCCCAUAAACUGAUGUG